AUGUCUGGAGCGCAACAUGAUCCAAAGCUCCUCUACGCUAUCGAGGGCGUCCAGGCCUACCACAUCGCCAAUGGCAAGGAGGAAUCCUUGACCGCGUCGGGUCCCCAAACUCUCUCUCUUCUCAUGGUGCCGACAUCCUCCCCAUUUGCAGACGCAACUCAAGUCGGCGCCGUCGAAAAUGAUUUCUAUCUCCACCUUCAUCUCCCGCCCGAGCUGGAUCUCCCCCUCCCAGCAACCACUCAAAUCUAUCAUCAGCCGCCCUCCAGUUACCUGAUUCCUCGUUGGGAUCUAGGCCCGGAUAGUGGCGCCUUUACUCGCAUCCAAUUCCCACGUGCCGGUAGCAGAAGCGGUCUUCAGGAGGAUGUAGACACUUUCGAGACCAUCCUCGCUCAAUGCACGGCCUUUCUCGAGCGCGCCCCGCCUCCUAAGCCCGCCAAGGGAGCGACAGCUAGCUCGGAGAAGGCCAGGGAAGCCGCCGCUGAAGAGCUGCCUCCGUACAAUCCCGCAGAUUAUGCCCCCGGAGAGGCGUACGCUCAGGGAAGUCGUAGCUCCCAUGCGGGCGGAAGAAUCGUCCUCAUUGAUGAAGAGGAUGGAAGCGUAAUCGGCGAACUGGGCGAAGCCUAUCAAAUCGUUGAAGAUGGCGCUGUGAAGCCGGGAUCGAAAGACCCGGUGGAGCUCACCCUGCCGGCUGAUGGCGGUCAGGUAAUUUCCGUCCAAGCCGCGUCACCUGAGUAUGUUGAGAUGGAAAUGCACCCCUCAUAUAAAAAAUCAUCUUUGGUGUCCUCGGCAUCCAAGGCAUCCCGGCUUAUCGUGACCACCUCCGAUAUGGUCACCAAAGCCCUACAGACCCAAGCAGAUUCCUUUGCGAAGAAUACGAAGCCCGUCGCCCAGCCCGUCACUUUUACACCCGCCGCCCAUGAACAUAUUCGCAGGAUCAACCACAUUUCAUCCAAAGCCGCUCAUCUGUCAGCAACAACGGUAGGCCGCAUUGGCAAGAUCGCACAGAACGUUGGGGCCAGCUUAACGAAAAAAAAGGAUGGCGGCGCUCGGGGUUACGACGCCAACGGCAACCCGAUUGACUCAUACAAGCCCGGCGUUCUGAACAAGAGCUUGAUGGCAUUCAACACUGUCGUGGAUGGCAUUGAACAGGCAGGCCGGAACCUUUUGACUGGAACGUCUUCAAGCGUCACUACCGUCGUUAGCCAUCGCUGGGGUCCCGAGGCAGGGGAGGUGUCGAGGAAUCUUACUGAUGGUUUCAAGAACGUCGGUCUGGUCUACAUCGACGUCACGGGCGUCUCGAGAAGAGCCGUCCUUAAGAGCGUGGCCAAGGGCAUGGUUGUAGGAAAAGUAGCUAAUGGUGGUGGAGAUUUAGUUGUUGGAGGCGGUGAUGGUGGAGCAGUUAUCCUCCCACCCGACGCCAAGAAUGCCCAAGACGGGACGGCUACUAAUGCCCCGGACACGGCCGGUGGUGCUGCUGAGUCCUACUACGAGGGCAAUGGGAAGCAGCCUCUGGGGACAAAGUACGCUUGA